AUGCCUCCAGCACCACAAAAACGACGCCGCAACGGCGAAGGCGAAGAGCGACGACCGAAGAAGAAAGUGCGCAAGGUCAAGAAGCAGACGGAUUAUCACAGCUCAAGCGAAGAGUCCGACGCUGAUGACGGUCUUGCGAUCAAUGUACAACGUGCUUCGGAUGCGCCAAAAGGAUGGCCUAAACACGUCAAGGAGGCGGUGAAGCCAGCAGGAGGCAAUGCCGAGCCAUUGGGCAAGAGAGGGGCGGCACAGGAGGCCAUGGCCGCAAAGAAAGCGAAGGCGGAACCGAAAAAGUCCAUCUUGAAGGCAGUACCACAGAAGGUGGAGGAGGUGGAGGAGGAAAGCGAGGACGAAGAGAAUGAUGGAGUCAAAGUGGACGAAUUGGAGAAGAACACGGCCCUAAACACAUUCCCCGGCGAGGGCGAGGACUCGGACGAUGAGAUUGACGACGAUGAGCUCGAACUGGACGACGAUGAGCCCGAUCUUGAUGCGUCCUCUUCCGAUGACGACUCAGAUGCACCCUCAGAGACGGAAUCUGCCACAUCCAUGACCUCCUCACAAGCAGCGCGGAACAAGAAGAAGCGCAAUGAUCCCACAGCUUUUGCAACGAGCAUCUCCAAGAUUCUCGACACAAAAUUGAGCACCGCCAAACGCAGCGACCCUGUACUCUCGCGCUCUAAAUCAGCCGCCGAGGCCAACAAGACGCUUGCCGAUCAGAAAUUGGAAGGCAAGGCCAGGGCACAGAUUCGCGCGGAGAGGGUGGCAGCGAGAGAAAAGGGACGGGUUAAGGAUGUUCUGGGAGUCGAGACGGAAGGCGUGGACACAGGUGCGGUGAUGGAGCUGGAGAAGAAGUUGAAGAAGACAGCACAAAGAGGUGUCGUCAGGCUGUUCAAUGCCGUCAGGGCGGCGCAAGUGCAGGGCGAGAAGGCCCGGAUCCAUGCCGCCAAUACCGGAGUCGUGGGAAUGGCAAAACGGGAGGAGCGAGUGAAUGAAAUGAGCAAGCAGGGUUUCCUCGAUUUGAUCAGUAGUGGUGGAAAAGUGGUUGAGGCUUAA